GAGCUCGAUCUCUCUGUGUCUCAAACUCUCUUUGUCUCGCUGUAUGCAGAGAUCUCUCUUUUUUUUUCUUUCUUUUUUUCUCCCCCCAACAUGUCACAUUUGUCUCGAAUUAUCCCUAAGUCAGUGGCAGGGGUCCCAGGUGGGACCAUGCGUUUCUGGAGCCAUGCUGUCCCCACAUUGCUCCUUCUACCCCUGUGUCUGCUGGGGAGGAUUGUGGAGGGCCAGGCCCCAGAACAUGGCAAGGAGAGGGGCUACCUGCAGGAGGCCAUCAGGGCUCUACAACUUGAGUCUCAGACCCAGCUCCAGAGGAACCAGACAGGGAUCCUACUCUCCACUGUCCUCCAGGCUGUGCACUGUGCAGAACGGAUUGGGGGAUCACAGAAGCUCUGUGACAGGUGCCUCACUCCAGACCUUGUACUCUCUGUCCUGGAGGAUGAUAGGAAGGCUUACCUCACCGAGGAUGACUACCAUAGAGUCUCCACCGUUCUGCUCUACUACAUGAUCAACAUGGAAGACCUGUGUGCCACCAACCCCUCCCCUUCCUCCUUUCCCUCCUCCUUGUCACCUAGCUACCAGUACUACCUUCUGGCCCUGACUAACCUCCAACCUACAGAAGAAAGAGGCUUCCUCUCCAAUGAGAUAGAGAGCAUUCUGCAGCUCAUCAACCAGAACUAUCAACCACCUGCUCCAGAGACAUCUGGCUCCUCCCACUCACAGUGUGUCGAUGCCUCCCAUCUACUGGAUGAGUUGGGGAUCACAGAUAGCCAAGGUGCUGAUCCAUCCUCAGUGUCCAAACUGUCUGCAGCCAUCAUCACCCACACCCUGCAGGGCCACUGUUUCAGCAAGAGGAACCUGCCCUCCCCUGCCUUCUUUACAGAUUACAUCUUCCAGUCUCUCAACCGCACCAGCAACCUACAUGUCAGGGAUUUGGAGGAGCUGCUGCACCAGCUUGGUGUGGGAGGUGGUGGAGGGGCCUAUCACUCACAUUGCAGGGAGAAGCGGAGCAUCACAGGCCCCUCCCAUAUAGGGUGUGUCCAUGAGCCUUUGGGGAUCAACACAGACUGGACACAGGUAUGCUUCUCAGCCAAUCAGCUGGUGGAUAUUUUUGUUCUGGAUCCGCAUUUGACAAUUUCCCGGGAUCACUUCAGACACAUCUGCCCAGCUGUUAUCCAGCAGUUGCUAGGGAAUGCCUGUGAGUCCACAGAGCCAGCUACACGAGGAUCUCCACCCAGUGCCAUUGAGAAAUAUGGCUACAGUACGGCUGCUGUGUUACUCAUCACCGUGGGCUCCAUGUUGGGCAUCUGCCUGAUCAUCUUCAACUCCUGCCAGGAGACCUACGCCCUCAUCCUGCAGCUCUUUGUGGGCCUGGCCGUGGGAACCCUCUCAGGGGACGCCCUCCUGCACCUCAUACCACAGAUCCUUGGCCUCCAUGACGACAGUCACCAUUACGAUCAUCACUUUACUGAGGGAAAGGAAUACCUGUGGAAGAUUUUGGGAAUCAUUGCUGGAAUCUAUGGCUUUUUCCUCAUCGAAAGGAUCUUCUCCCUUGUGAUGCCAUCACAUGGCCAUGGUCACGGGGGCCUGGGCAAUUCCCAUGACCUCCCCCUGGAGCUCAACUGCAACGGCCAGUCACAGAGGGGCAUGUCUAUCUCAACCAUGCAGCUGGGAACUGUGGAGGACUUAGAAUGCACAGAAAUCCCAUCAGAGGAGGCUGAACCAAGAAGCCCUACGCAUCAGACGAGACAGGGUAUUCCUGUACUGGCUGUGAUGGUAAUCGUGGGAGACAGCCUCCAUAACUUUGCUGAUGGCCUGGUGGUGGGGGCGGCCUUCUCCUCGUCCACCGAGACAGGCAUGGCGACCACCGUGGCCAUCCUCUGCCAUGAAAUCCCUCAUGAAAUGGGUGACUUUGCAGUGUUGCUAAGCUCAGGUCUCUCUGUGAGGAAUGCAGUGAUGAUGAACCUCCUCAGUGCUCUGACGGCCUUCAUCGGCCUCUACAUCGGCCUCUUUGUCUCCUCGGAACCAGAGGUCCAGCAGUGGAUCUUCACCGUUACCGCGGGGAUCUUCCUCUAUCUGUCGCUGGUAGAGAUGCUUCCAGAGAUGAGUCGUGUGAAGACCAACAGGCCCUGUAUCAUGUUCCUCCUGCAGAACCUUGGCCUCCUAAUGGGCUGGGCCUGUCUUCUGCUCCUUGCACUGUUUGAGCACAAACUUAAGUUUUGAUGACAGGACACACACACCUACUCUGGUAUCUGCCAUGCAAAUGUGUAAUUGAUGGCAAUGUUGAUGGUACUUUGUGGUCUUAACAAAAAAAAAACAUAUUGUUUAUUGAUUACUGUAUUAUUUACUGAUACACCAUAUGAAGACAGCGAACAGCACAUUUAAAAUGUCGCAAAAAACAUUUCGUAAGUGACAGGAUAAUAGAGUGACGUGAAUAAUAGCAGUGAUGAUGUGAAUCAAAUGUCAUUUUAGAUCCAGUGGUUACGCAUAAUGUGUUAGAGCUGGAUGAAUCCAUUUUUGUAUGAAUCAGAUGACUAAAUGUGAUCUUUAGGACAUGAACACAUCUUCUGUGUGAUUUAUUUUUGUAUGAUGUACUGUGUAACAUAGGGCACAUAGCUAGCUUACAAUCUGUCUGUCACAUCUGUCUGGACAUGAUAGUGUCAGAUGUCUAGUCUACAGUGCCAGACGAGAUCUUUAUAUACAGAUACACUGCUUGUAUGUGUAUAUUUACAAUGAUAUACAGUGUCUUCAGAAAGUA